UGCUUAACUCAUACAAUCCAAGGAAGGAUGGGGGCAUCAAGCGGAUCCCCCUCUCUGAUUGAUGCUUAUUAGUCAUCCCUUUGGCUUAAUGAGACCCACUAAAAAAGGCACCGUGGAACACAUGCAUGAAUCAAAUAUUCCUGUGUCCAUUGAAUCUCUCCAGAAGAGUCUUACUUUUGCUUACACGGGGAAGGAAAGGGGGUCGUGGCUUAAAAUUAUAAGGGGGAUAUUACUAUAUGCUUCAUGGGUUUAUAUAGACUGAAUCUACGGUUUGACAGGCGGCUAUAAAGGAAAACAAUACAGAUAGAGAAACUCCGGAAGAUUUUGAAGAGAAUUCUGGACCUACGCAUGUGAUACGUAUCCAAUUGAUUUAUAUUCCUUGCACUUUUUAAAAGAUUGUAUCACAUCUUCAACUGAAAAUGAAACUUUUGACUUUUUCCUGGCUGCCUUGCCUGGUGAUACUCAUCGUAUGUUUUGGAUCAGAGUGCGGGACUGUCCGGAGAAAGGGGAGAUCCAAAAGGGACUUGGUGCGUAUCAGGGAGGCGCGAGCCACCUUCCCAGGGGCUUGUGCCACACGCCUGCCCCGGGGCAAACGCUCCUUGCCCGGCUUGGAACGACGGGUGCCUCGCCAGCGCCGGCGUUCCUCCCAGGCGGACCAGAGCUCUCCAGGUGGGGGGAAAGCUGUUUAUUUUACCGGCAGAGGCGACCAACUUCGGCUUAAGCCGGGUGUGGAAAUACCGAGAGGAAAUUUUACUCUGGAGAUGUGGAUCAAACCAGAGGGAGGUCAACGAUCGCCUACGGUGAUUGCAGGGCUGUACGAUAAAUGUUUCUACGCCUCCAGUGACCGGGGCUGGCUUCUGGGUAUCCGAGCAAUCAGCGAGCAGGGCAACCGUGACCCACGCUUCUUCUUCUCCCUUAAGACAGACCGUGCUCACAAGGUUACAUCUAUCCACUCCAAUGUCCGCUACCAGCCCAAUACUUGGGCCCACCUGGCAGUAACUUACAAUGGCCUCUAUAUGAAGCUCUAUGUCAACGGCGCCCAGGUGGGCGUCAGCCGGGAACAGUCGGGCAAUGUUUUCAGCCAUCUGACCAAGAAGUGCAAGGUGCUGAUGGUGGGUGGGAAUGCUCUGAACCAUAACUACCGGGGGGCAGUGGAACGGCUCAGUCUGUGGAAGGAGGCCCGAGGACAGAGGCAGAUAAUCCGUGACAUGCAGGGUCAAAAGGAUCCCCAAGAUAUGCCUCAGCUGGUGAUCCAGGAGUCCUUUGAGCAGCCCGGCCGCAAAUGGCUGACAGUGAAAGAUGGGAUCUUUCCUAAGCCAGAGGAGGGGAGCAGCAGCAGGGUGGUCCAGGAUGAAGGAGGCCUAGGAGGAAGUGGAGCAUCCUUGGACACCACCCUGGAACCUCCCCUCUGUGGUCAAACCAUCUGCGAUAAUGUGGACGUGGUGACCAACUACAAUCGCACCUGGACCUUCCGGAAGCCCAAGAUGGUGCGCUACCGUGUGGUCAACGUGUGGGAUGACUCUCGGCGCCGGCCCACUGUCACUCCUCGUCAGAUCCACCUGCAACACCAGCAUCUCAACAAGGCCUUUGCGGUCUACAACAUUACCUGGGAACUGAGCAUCCACAAUGUCACCAACUCCUCACUCCGCCACCGUCUGAUCCUUGCCAACUGCGACAUCAGCAAGGUGGGAGAUGAGGCAUGUGACCCAGAGUGCAACCACACUCUGACGGGCUUCGAUGCAGGCGACUGUAAGAGGCACCGCAGUCGUUGCCCUGAGUACAAGCAGGGUAACGGGGUGUGCGACCCAGAGUGUAACUGGGACAACUUUUUCUACGACAAUGGAGACUGCUGUAACCCCAAUGUGACGGAUGUAACCAAGACCUGCUUCAACCGGUCGUCUCCACAUAGAGCCUAUUUGGAUGUAAAGGAGCUGAAAGAAAUCCUGAAUCUGGACGGCUCCACUCACCUGAAUGUCUUUUUUGCCAACUCCUCUGAUGAAGAUCUGGCUGGUGUUGCCACUUGGCCUUGGGACAAAGAAGCCCUGACACAUAUGGGUGGAAUUGUUUUGAAUCCCUCUUUCUAUGGCACAUUUGGUCACACCCACACAAUGAUACAUGAAAUUGGCCACAGUCUUGGCCUGUACCAUGUGUUUCGAGGGAUCUCUGAGAUUGAGUCAUGUAACGAUGCAUGUCUGGAGACUGAGCCCUCUUUGGAGACAGGAGAUCUGUGUGAAGACACUAACCCCACGCCCAAGUACAAACACUGCAGAGACCCUGAGCCUGGCAACGACACCUGUGGACGUCGCCACUUCACACACACACCGUUCAACAAUUACAUGAGCUAUGCUGAUGACGACUGCACAGACUCUUUCACCCCCAACCAAGUGGCCAGGAUGCACUGCUACCUGGACCUGAUCUACCAGACGUGGCAGCCUGAGUCCAAACCACCUCCCGUCCCCUUGGCACCACAAGUGGUGGAGCAGGAACCUGACGCCAUUACCCUGGAGUGGUACCCGCCCAUCUCCAGCCACUUCUAUGACAGAGAAUUGGGAUCAGUGUGUGAUAAAUGCACAGAGGGCAGGGUGCUGCUGCAGUACGCUUCUAACUCCUCAUCUCCCAGACCAUGCGCCCCCUCAGGACACUGGAGCCCCCGCGAGGCUGAAGGACCUCCAGACGUGGAGCAGGCCUGUGAGCCCAGCGUGCGCACCUGGAGCCCCAACGCCGGCAUUGAGCAGGGGGCCGUGGGACUUUCCGAAUGCCCCUUGCAGGGUUGUAUGCUCCAGCUGGAGUUCCCCCACCCACUUGUGCCUGACUCCCUCACUGUGUGGGUCACUUUCUUCAGCCCUGAGGAGACAGCCCUUCCCGUGAUCCACAACAUCCUGCUCUUGACCGUCAGCGGAAACAACGUUUCUUUAGGGCCUAGUAACGUUUUCUGUGAUACACCGUUGACACUGAAGCUGGAUGUGGAGGAUGAGGUGUACGGCGUGCAGUUCUUCACCAUGGAGCAGCACCUGGAGAUUGAUGCCACCCUGCUGGCAUCUAAGCCUGACUGCCCGCUGUGUCGCCACUGUCAGCCACUCCUCCACCGAUUGCUGCGCCGGCCACCUUUCUCCCAAGCCCCCCGCGGAGUGCUGUUGAAUGACCCUAUCAGGCGUUACACCGACAGGGACGUGUUACCUGGUGGUUUGUACACUUACCAGGUCCAAACCAUCUCAUCCCGCAGUGAAAGUGAACCCUCCCCACCCCUUACCCACCAGCUUGGAAUGCCAUACUGUGGAGACGGACGCAUCCAGAGGUCCCACGCGGAGGAAUGUGAUGAUAUGAAUUCUAUGAAUGGAGACGGUUGUUCCAACCAGUGUAAGAAGGAGCCCUUCUUCAACUGUGUCGAGGAGCCCAGCAUGUGUUAUUUCUACGAUGGUGACGGAGUGUGUGAAGACUUUGAGCGCGAGACCAGUGUGAGGGACUGUGGACUUUAUACCCCGAGUGGUUUCCUAGACCAGUGGGCUACAGCCGUGGAGGUGUCCCACCAUGAGAGCCUCUAUUGCCCUGCUGAGGUGGCCGCCGGUUACCCUGCAGUCACAAAGACGUGCCAGUCCAAGGUUUUCGACUUGUCUGAUGGGGUGUCCCAGUAUGCCUGGUUCCCCUGUAGAGAGGCCCUGCAGUCCUACUGGUACCCCAAGUACUGGCUUAGGGCCAAUUUCUCACACCCCAUGGUGGCUGCAGCUGUAAUCAUCCACCUAGCUGCAGAUGGUACAGGCUACAUCGACCAGACCCAGUGCAACAUAACCGUUCAACUGGUGGACACUAAGGAUAUCUUUCACAGCUUAGGCGAUUGGCGUCUGAGCUGCAGAAACAACCCCUUGGUGAUCCCAGUGAGCCAUGACCUGAGCAUGGCUUUCUACCACACCAAAACCAUCCUGGUCGAGUUCCGCUCCCACCUGGUGGCCAUUUCUGGUGUGGGUCUGCGCUCCUUCCAGUUUUUUGACCCCAUCACCAUCAGUGGGUGCCAGAGUAAUGAGAUCUACAACCCCAUGGGUCAGAGUUGUGUCCAUUACUCAUGUGAGGCCAUCGAUUGCCAGGAGCCGCUAAUCCGCAAUGCAGAGCUCAAGUGCAGCAGUCAGGGCUUCUACAACGGAGCUCGCUGUACCAUCACCUGCAACUCUGGCUAUGUCCUGCAGAUCCACAGAGACGAUGACAUCAUCAAGACUCAGUCUGACUCAACAGUGACCAUCACCUGUGCAAAUGGAAAGUGGAAUAAGCAGGUGUCAUGUGAGCCAGUAGACUGUGGCCGUCCUGACAAGUACCAUGUUCACCCAGCCCACUUCAACUUUCCGGAGGGGACUACAUAUGGCAAGAGGAGCACCUUUCAAUGCAAAGAACCUGCCCAGCUAGUAGGUUCUAACAACACUCUGACGUGUUUGGAGGAUGGUUUGUGGUCGUUCCCAGAGGCGCUGUGCGAGUUGCGUUGUCCAGCCCCACCACACGUGCCCAACGCUGUUCUGCAGACCAAGCGGUGUAAUGACACAGGCCUCAAAGUGGGCUCCCUCUGCAAGUACAAGUGCAAGCCAGGCUACCAUGUCACCAAUAAGCCCAAAAGGCGAGCCUUUAAGCGUCAGUGCACGGAGGACGGAAGCUGGCUAGAAGGGUCGUGCGAGCCUGUGACCUGUGACCCUCCACCUGCCAUCUUCCAUGGCAUGUACCAAUGUACGGACGGCUUCCGCUUCGACAGCACAUGUUGGAUCAACUGCCCCGGUGCCAACCACACGGUGAGGCCGCUCCACAUCGCUCCAUGCAAGCAGCAUGGAACCAGCAGCAAUGUGAUUCGCUGUAGAAAGGACGGCAACUGGACUGGCAGCUUCAAGCUCUGCCCUCAAAGCAAAGGACAAUGCUCUCUACCACAAAACCUACUUCCCAGCAUACGAGCCAGCUGCUCGAAGGGAUAUGGAAUUGGUGAUGAGUGUGAUCUGACAUGCAGGGACAGUAACAACGAUGUUGUAAUCCUACCUAACAACAUGACCAUAGACAGCGUACUCAAAGAGCACUGGAGAAAUCCACCCAAAGUCAAGAAUAUAGUUUGUACAAUGGGACUAAAGUGGUUUCCACAUCCAGAGGUUCUCCACUGCAUCAAAGGGUGUGAGCCGUUCAUGGGAGACAAUUACUGUGACUCAGUUAACAACAGAGCCUUCUGUAACUAUGACGGAGGGGACUGCUGCCACUCCACCGUCAAGACCAAGAAGGUUAUCCCAUUCCCCAUGUCGUGUGACAUACGGGAAGACUGUGCCUGCAGAGACCCCAAUGCUCCAGAGAACAGGAAAGAUGAACACGUCCAUUCCUUGGGGUGACAUUCCUUCCUUGCCACCUUGGACCCACAGACUCAUGCCCCAAAACCCACCCAGAACCGGACUGGGACCAGGGAGACCACUCCUCCUUCUCCUACUCCAACCUCCUCCACAUGCUGCUUUACAGAAGUACCUCUCCACCUAUACUGCACCCCUAACAGAUGCCUGCCUCCUACACAUUGGGAAAGACCUAAAUGAAACAAACCAGACUAGAGAGGCCAUAAUGGAAAAAACAUUUCUUGAAGAAUGGAAAGAAUCUGGAAAAUCACCCAACACCAAACUCUACAGCAAGAGAAAAUGAAUUGAAAAAUAAUAUGAAAAAAAUAUAUAAAAAUCUAAAAAUUAACAAAAAACUUAAACAAAACAAGUCGGCAUAGCAUAGGUUUUGUUGAGUUUUGUUCAAGCUUCCAUGUUUUUCAUUGGCAGUUCUGUGCACUAUCUUGAUUUUCUUUCUAAACCACCCCAAAACAUUUAGGAAUCUGUUUUUGCGUUACGGUCAAGUCAUCAAUGAUUGCAUUCAAUGACAGGACUAUUGCCAACAUAACAGACAGUAUGAACGCACUUGACAUGCCCUAUUGCUGUAUCCAGGGCUGGUGAGUUCCUUUCCUGGAUUCAACAUAGCACAGGGAUCAGGCUGACAGUUUGUGCCCUCUGCCUUCUGUUCGCGGAAAUGCUUUUCCUUCAUCUUCAGAAACAGUAGGCUUAGAUGUUCUUAAGAUACACACUUGUGAAACAGAAAAGGAGUUGAUGGGAAUACAGGCAACCAUAUUGGUCAGAGAUUCAGUUAAGAAAGAUAUAGCAAGAGAGGUAACGGCAGGGCAAACCGAUUUACAGCCUUUUUGUAUGGAGAUCUACAAGAUUGUGUUGAAUUAUGGAAGGCUAAUUUGAUUUCGUAAUGUUUAGAUUUAAAGAAAUUUACUGAUAUAAGUGGACACUCAUAGGAUUCUGGCAACUUUGAGAAAAAAAACAACCUCUUUGUGCCUGUUCAUAGUAGUAUCUUCCCUCUAAUUGCCUAGAAUACUCCCAUCUUCUAUCUUCGAGGACAUUUCUGUUGUUCUAUUGUCAUUUAGUAGAUACUCUUUGUUGUAGCUCAGUAGGCCUAACAUUUAAAAUCACAUGAAAUUUUAAGAUUUCAAUGCUACAUCAACAGGUGAAUCUGGGAAAAAUUGUAGUUACUAAGCUUACGAAGUGAGCACGGCCCCCAUAUUUGGUGUUCAGAAGGGACAAAAGCUAGGUUGAAUAUACUGUACCCUUGAUGACCGGAUGUUUACGGUUUUCAUCGACCCCGUUGUGGGUGAGCACUUAUAUUGGAAUGCAAAAAACAAAACCAGUUAUAUUACAAUGGCUGCUGCUGCUACUUUUGCUGCUACUUUGCUAUAUGACCGACUCUGCAGACUAUUCUUGCCCUGUGAGGUUGGAUGGAGCCAGCCCCAUCUGCCUUAACGCUUACCUCUUAUCACCAUGUGUUAGUGGACACUUGCUUCUGCAUGUUAAGUACACUCUACUCAAAUCUAGAAUAAAAAUUCCCUUAAAAUUGCAAAAACAAACACCCUUACAAAAAGAGUGCAGUACUUCUGCUGUUACUGCUAUUACUGGAUUUUACUGCAGAUUCAACAGUACUGUUGCAAAAAAAAACAUUCCUUCAUCAUAACAUAAACCUAAGAUUUAUAUUUCUCUCUUUCUAAUAUCUGCAGACUAAUACCUCAGAUACUAAUCAGAUCAUAUACCAGAACUAUCUCAAAUUUUACACCAAAAGCAAUGUUGGCUUAUUACAAAAUUCAGUACAUAUUACUGACUUUAAAAUGAGUUCAGGAAUGUCAUUGAUUGUUUAUAACAUCUUGAUUGUAGUCGAUGUUCAUUCACGACUACAUCCUCAAACUGUAGUUAAAAGCAUAACUCUGACUUCAGCAGGCCUCAUUGAAUAGUACGUACAUACACAGACAAAAGAAAAACAGGUUUUCCUUAUUUUAUUAUAGAUGGCAUCUGAAUGUAUUUAUUGUCAAGAUGAAGCGUUUAAAUGCAGCCUUACUACAAUAUAAAAUGCCCAAGACACUGGCCGUGUCUAAAUACCCAUAUUUGCCUUCUAAAAACCAGGCUUUUGGGGUUAAUAAUUUUAAAUUGUAUAGUGCGUGUAAAAAUAAUUGUAGUAAGUUUUAAAUUCCAGGAGCUCAUACCAAUUUCUGCAUUUUGGAAUUGAAAUCGUGAACAUUGGUGAAAUCGUGCAUUAGACAUACACUCUGAGUAUUGAUGAUAUGUAUUGAUUACUACAUUCAAACCAAACAUGCAGUAUGCAGUAAAAAUGAGCAGACAAGACAUAUUUUGGACACGGCCAUUGUUAUCUUCUAUUGGCUUGAUAUACUGCAUAUUUCCAGUUUCCCAGCUUGGCCUUUUCUUACCUCAGCAGUAAUAUGUUCAGAAUAUACAAUUCCUGGCACUUUGUCAGUAUUGUAACUUUUUUGUCCCUCACCUCAUGAACCACACAUCAAUAGAGCUAUAACUGCUCUUUUGUGCUCUGAAAUUAGGCUACUAAUCUCAUUCUUCAUAGCCUUUUUCCUUCCAUAGCUAUCAAACAAUUAGUUGUUGGCUACUUGGCAUAGGGUCCACAGGUUGCUGCUCCAUUCUUCACCCCUUUGAAACUCUCAUUUGGUAUGGGCAAAUAGGAUACUCCCUUUGACUUAUCACCAUAGGCUGCUAAAGUAUGAGGGAUUCUAGAAUUUUCCCAUACUUAGUUGGUCAUCAUAGAUACAGACUGAGUAGAUAGAGAAUUCCACAAAAUCCACGUCACACAAAAAAUGAUGGGGACAUUUUUCAAAUGCAUAAUGUAUAUACAAAAUGUUCAGUGUAAUACUGCUUUUUAAGCUGGAGAGGUUAGAAGCAAAAGAAAACGUAAGAAUGGUUCUCCUGUUUGAUCAUUCUUCUUUAAUUUUUAGUUUUUACAAAAUGUCAUCAGAUAUAAUCAGUAUUUGUAUUAUUGACCUCAGUUACUGCACUUUUUAGUUGCCUUUUAAGAAGAAAAAUAAGUCAAAACUUUUAGAAGCUGCUAUUGUCAGAAAGGUGAUUUAAAAAAAAAGUGUAUGAUGUUUUUGUCUGUUAACUUUCCUAUGGUAUUGCUAUUAGCUUUUCUGUGAUUAGCAUUGUUGUAUUCCCCCUAGCUUUGCACCUAAUAACCCAGUAGGAAGCCCGUGUGAAAUGAUUAAUACACUAAUUGUAGACUUACUCAGAAUUCAUUAACAUUAUCAUAUGAUGACGAUAUUAUUGUAUCAAGGCUAUUUAACCUGGGAGUCAGAUGUAAAUGAAAUAUUAUUGAAAUAUUAUAGAUGAUGAUAUUUUGUGUUCCUUCUGGUUAGGAAACAAAACAUGUUAUUUGUCCUCCGUGGUUUAAUCCACCAUCUCAUCUAUUUGGUGCAAGUGAAGUGGAACUAUGGAAUGUCAAGAAGGAUUGAUAAUGAAAUGAAGAAACUAGCAAAAAAAGGACUGUCAAACAUUGCUGAUCUUUCAGACUUAAAAAAACUUGAGAGGCUGAACUGUCUGGAGACUACAUCAUUUUAAAGCUUACAUCAGCUUUGGCAGUUGUGCAUUUAAAACUUUAUACACUAUAUAGCCCUGGUAAAAUGAAUUAUAUAUUGUUAUCAGAUGUCAUGUAAUAAUACUCAAAUUAUGCUGCUUUCAUUAGAGAUUAUCACUACACAAAGCCAACGCAAGUACUGUGGAUCACCAUCAUUAUAACCAACAUGCACGCGCGCGUGCGCACACAUCUAGGAGUUAUCUUGCCAAUGGACCCUACCCUCAUCCCCAAACUGGACAAACAUUACAUGCUGAUGACCAGUCAUCCCUUUCACCAACUCGUCUUUGUCUAAAGCUCCUCUCUUCGACACAGUCCUGUGUCAUCCUCAUUAGUUUCAUUAAAAAGUCAGGGGACCAGAAACAGUGACUCUCAGAGAGAGGGAAUUACAAUCUUUACAGAAUGUGACUGCUUGUGUGUCAACCUGAACACAACACGGACACUUUAGGUUUCUGAUGUGUUAUCUGUAUUGGACAAGGUGCUCUUUGUUCCAAAGCCAUAAAUCCAGGAUGUUAUGAAAUGAAGAAUCAAAUGCGAUGUUAUAGUAACUUAAACAUCACCUCUCUACUGUAAGCCACAACAGAAUCCCUUUGCUGUACCUCAUGCCUGUAAUGUUUGCUGCUUCUAUAUUUUGGUGCAUUAGUCAUUUUUGCGUCUCUUAUCAAUGGUGUAAAUAGUAGAACUAUUUAUUAAGAGUGUUAUACUUUUUUAAGUUAUA